UUCUGGUAAGCUUGCAAUGAUAUACACCAGCAUGCUAGUGUAGACGUCGCAUGCCGCAUGUGCACGCCUGUCAGUGGAACCCGGGUGCACACCACAUCCACACAAGCUGGACCGAGAGGAAAACAACACACAUCGCCUAUUUUGGCUCUCCUCGAGGGACUGUGAUUGCAUGAUGAGAGAAAGGGAAUUGCUGGUAUCAUGAACGAAUGUGAAGCACGCCACUGAUUCUGGUAAGAUAGGCAUUGGUGGGAAUAAACAAGCAAAACGCGCAGCAAUGGAGAACCAGGCGGCGAUGGAGCAGCAGAGCUACGAGGACGUUCGGAAGAGCGGUUAUCUCCGCAAGCAGAAAUCUAUGCACCGGCGCUUUUUCGUUCUCAGGGCUGCAUCGGAGCAGGGCCCGGCCAGACUCGAAUAUUAUGAAAACGAGAAGAAAUUUCGAAGCAAGUCACCGGUCCCAAAGAAAGCGGUGAACCUGGACUCCUGCUUCAACAUCAACAAGCGGGCAGAUUCAAAGAACAAGUACAUGAUAGUGUUGUAUACCCGCGGGGAGAGCUUUACCAUAGCCGCAGACACCGAGGACGUCCAAAACGAAUGGUACCAGGCCAUGCUGGAUCUACAAUGUAAAUGUAAAACUCCUGAUGACUGUGGAAGUGGAGGAGACUGUGGACUGCCUUCCCCAGGCCCUGCUUUUAAGGAGGUCUGGCAGGUUAAAGUGUGGCCUAAAGGUUUGGGCCAAGCUAGAAAUCUAGUUGGCAUCUAUCGACUUUGCUUGACAGACAAAACAGUCAACUUUGUCAAGCUGAACUCGGAUGUUGCAGCUGUGGUCCUCCAGCUAAUGAAUGUGCGACGCUGCGGCCACUCAGAGAACUUCUUUUUCAUUGAAGUGGGUCGUUCGGCCAUGACGGGUCCUGGAGAAUUCUGGAUGCAAGUUGAGGACUCAGUGGUAGCACAGAACAUGCAUGAGACCCUGCUUGAGGCUAUGAAGGCUCUGAGUGAAGAGUUCCGUCAAAGAAGCAAAUCCCAAACUGUUGGUGUUAGUUGUGGUGGAGGAACUGCCUCUAACCCUAUCAGUGUACCAUCUAGGCGGCACCACCCAAAUCUGCCGCCCUCCCAGGUUGGUUUUUCCAGACGUGCUAGAACAGAAACCCCUGGCGUACCUCAUAGCACCAACACUUCUCCAACUCCGCGGCAAGGAUUUUCCAGGUCACGGACAGCCAGUAUUGGGGCUCGAACAGAGAAUGGAGGCGGCAGAAUAACAGCACUUAGCACAAGCCCGAGUCUCAAUGGGUCCUCCUGCUCAACUACCCCAACCCUGAGACCUAAACCCACACGAGCACCCACUCCAGCCAAAAUAACCCUAAGCCUUGCACGGUACACGCCUAACCCUGCCCCUUCUCCUGCCCCCAGCCUGUCUUCUAGCUCUGGCCAUGGAUCAGAAUGUGGGUUGAGUGGAGCUCCCUUUGGAACAGUUCCAAUCUGCACGUAUGCUAGAAUCCCUCAGAGAGUGUCCAUGUCGGGAUCACCCAGUGAUUAUGGUUCUUCUGAUGAAUAUGGCUCCAGUCCUGGUGAACACUCCUUACUGACUGCUGGGAUUCCUGCAGCCCUUGUUGAAGGUGGAGCUAGUUAUAUCCUGAUGGGACAUCGAGAAGGUUCUCACAAACGUGCUCAUGGACGCAGAGUUUUUCGUCGAUCAUCUAAUCGUGAAUGUGAGGCUGAGCGCAGGCUUCUUAGCAAGCGAGCUUCCUUACCACCUACUAUUGCCCAGGAGCACUUGGUCCCUUGCGGUCAAGAAGAGGAGGAUGAAGAAGACUAUGCAGUGAUGUCACGCAGUGCAAGUAGAGAGUCUUUCACGUCACGCCGGGGCUCAGGGGGUUUAGCUACAACAUCUUUAGUGCAGGAAACUUCAGCAGAUAAAGGUGUUAGUACUAAAGGCGGUCCUGUGGACUCCUCAAUUGACUGUGGCUACAUGUCUAUGUUACCAGGUGUUUCGGCUCCUCCUGCUUCAUUGUCAUUUUCUGUCUCGGGUUUAGAUGCAGCGUCAAAGGGUGGAGAUGAAUACAUGGCCAUGACCCCCAACAACAGUGUUUCACCCCCUCAGCACAUCCGCCUACCCAUCAGUGAAGGGUAUAUGAUGAUGUCUCCUAACAGUAGUUGUUCACCUGAUUUACACGGCAUGAGUGGGUGCAUUUGGAGUAGCAGGGGGAGCAUGGAGAGUCGGGCGGGCAGUGACUAUAUGAACAUGUCACCUAUAAGUGCCAGGUCAGCUUGCAGUACACCUCCAUCACACCCAGAGCAGCAACCACUGCAGCCAAAGAUGGUCUAUUCUUAUUUUUCUCUGCCACGUUCAUACAAACACACCACCCUUUCGACCCGGUUUGAAGAAGAUUUGGACAAGGCUUGUAUUGGUAGAGGUGAAGCUAGAAGAAAGACUGUACAUAGUGGUUACCCUUGCGGAGGGGACAUGCCUGUGGGCUCAGGUGGUGGUUGCCAACUUUCUCUGUCCUCAUCUUCAUUCUCCUCUAGUUCAGCUAGCAGCGAAAGCCUUGAAGACAGGUCUUUAUCUGUGUCUGUAGGUGGCAUAGGACGAGCAAGUAGGUUGGUCACAGGACACAGGGUAGGAGGACCUCAUCCUAAGGUCCCAACCCAGCACCAUCACCAACAGAGAUGUGGACCAGGUAUUCAGAAACAGGGUCACUUGCCAAAAAGAAAAGACAAGUCCUUUUUCGUGGAUAUGUCCAAAGCUAACACGCUGCCCAGAGUCAGGGAAACUUUGCUGCCAACAGCAUCCCAGAGCCCUGGAGAGUAUGUAAGCAUUGUUUACCAGGGUGAGCGAGGAGGCCAUAACAAUGAAAGAAGUACAGCUGACCCAGGAAACUCCAUUGCACAAGGAAAUCAAGCUUUUCACCGAUCACAGUCAUGUAAGGGUGCAACUGCCAACCUUCCUCGAAGCUUUUCAGCACCCAUUUCCACCUCCAUUUCUCUAUCUUCUGAAUAUGUGAACAUGGACUUAGGUAACUCCUAUUCUUCUCUCACUCCCCUCUCUUCAUUCAAACCGGCCCAAAAAGUCAGAGAGGAUCUCACAAGAGCUUCUAAAAUGGAACAAAAAGUAGAAACAGGACUCAGGAAGAGCAAUGUUACCUCAUCUGCAGAUGUGGCUGCUAAUCCUUUCACAGACUAUACAGAGAUGAAAUUUGGAUUGGCUACAGAUAACGCAUCGAAGUCUCCGAAACACGGCCAAACGCCUCAGCCCUCCUCCAUGGAACAGGAACAUAACAUGAAUUUCUCUUCACCCAAGGCUUUUUCAAAUGUGGAUCAGGGAGCUCGAGUUGUCAGGCCAGAAUCAUCAGCAAGAAGACGUCACCGCUCAGAGACAUUUAUGGCCCCUUCAACUCUACCCCUCUCGCCCUCUGCUUCCCCUUCUUUUCCUGAAACACAACAUGGUGCUCCCCCUCGACAACAGGGACUAGACAAUAACCUCCGAGCCAGUGGUCGGUCAACCUCUCCACAGUGUCCCAGCCCCGGAGCAGCAGCUCUACCUGGUACCCAGAGUUCGCCCGUAUCCCCGGAGCAAGGCCUAAACUACAUUGAUUUAGACUUGGUCAGUAGGGAGAACUCUCAAACCACUGGAGAUGGACCCUCUGGCCCUCUCUCAUUUUUCUCUUCUGUGGGAGGAGGAGGGUUGUCCGGGGGAUUGGGUGGAGCAGGUGGAAACACCACCUCCAGUAUUAACACAUAUGCCAGCAUUGAUUUUAUCAAGUCAGAAGAAAUGAGAGUCCACCAAAACAGCAGGAAGGAUAGUAAAGAUUGAUUAUGUGUUCCUGCAAUCAGAAAUAAGAUGGAGGACCAGUCAGCGCCUGUCCUUCCUGCGUGAGUGUUGGUCUGUGUGUGCACCUGAUGUGUUUUGAAAAAUGAUGCGAUUGCCCAAAUCCCUCAGCAGUGGAGACUUACAGUAACUGCUCUUGGCUCAUAACAACAUUUAGAGUACUCUCAUUUGUUUUCAUUGGUUCAAUAAAAAAAAUCAUGUAACGUGUGCCAAAAGACAAUUCAACAUUUUUGCAACAGAACACAGAGACGGUCGUGUCCUUCAGCCAGUCAUGAAGGGCCACUGCGACGCUGACUGCCAACCACGAGCCAAUGAUACUCAUUUUUUCCCUCUACCACAAACUUUCAAGUAUUGUAAAAGAGAUGUUAAAUAGUAUAAUGAUAGAUAAAAAAUAUAUAGCAGACGUCAAUAUUAUUAAAGUCUAUAUAAAUACAAUGUUUUUUAAAAAAGUGCCUAAUUUUUGAUUGUAGCCAUUUGUACACAGGUCUUGACGUGCUCAGUAGAAGAAAAAUGCUAACUGUUUUUAGUUUUGCUUUGUCGCUUUUGUGUUCCCGAGUGUUGUGUUUCCUAAACAAAAUUGAGAGACGGAUUGUAAAGCAAGACUGAGAAAAGAAAGAUUAUUGAUUAGGGAAAAAGAGCUUUAUUUGCUAUAGUUUGCCUAAUCAGUCUGCCUUACUGUGCUAUAGUGUAUGCGUUUGUGUGCGUGUGUUUGUGUGUGUGUGGUGUGAUUGCAGUCAUCUAAGCUUCAGCCAUGCUGUGCCUCAGUUCAUUAAAAGAAAGCUGUACACAAACACACAUUCAAACCCAGUCAAAACUGAUUGCAUAUACUUCUGUCUGAUGAAACACGAAAAAUGUGUCUAUUCAUCGCACGUAUUGAUACACACACACUACCUUUCAAAAGUUUAGGGUCACUGGAGUAAAAGGUUUUUCUUGCCCUUUUUAGAUCUAAAAUUAGUUUUGUAGACAAAACUUGAUUAAAUUGGAUCAUUACAUAUUUGUUCAUUUCCUUUUUUUAUAAAAAUGUAUCACUUGGAUGGAAUAAUGAAGAAAACCAGACACAGCAUAUUGUAGAUGGAAAUAUUCUUCAGUAGUAAAAAGGAUCAAAGGACGAGACUUCAAGACGAACAUUUAGACAAAAUGUUAAAUUCUUCCUCAAAUGAAUGAAUGUUAAUGCUGAUUGAUAAAGUGCAGAGACAACGUUUCUGCAAAUAUUAGGCAAAGAUUGACUUAACUAAAGAUGCUUAAAUCUAACAAUUUGGAAUAAUUUUUGAUCGUUCCCAGAUAAAAAUUUGUGUUCCAUAAUUUUGAUGAGUUUACUAUUAUUUUAAAAUGAACUUUUGAACAGUAGUAUGUUUAUAAAAAUACAUCCACUCUUAAUAUGCAAUUGGUUGCUUUAGAUGGCUGAGAGCACAAAGUCUGUCAAAUACCUGAAAGCUCUUUUAUUGGUACAAUUGAGAUUGCUAGCGUGUAUGUGUGUUUUUGAAAGAAAGAAAGAAAGAAAGAAAGAAAGAAAGAGAUUGAAAGUGCUGUAAGAAUUGUCCUUAGUCGUACAACCAGGGUUUUAAAAAAUUCUAGUACAUGCCAUCUUUCCAUCCCCAGUAUACUUCAGUCUCACAUGCAUGUCUAGAUAUUUAAAAAAGUACAUUUAGAUUUUAAACUGUGUCUCCCUCAAAUGAAAUUGCAUCUUGGAAAUCAGCAGAUUGACCUACACUCUAUAGACGGUUUGAUCUGAUGCAUGCGCCUGGCCUGAAGAUAGCUUCCGGUCUGUGUUUGGUUAUCGGUCUGGCUAGUGGCUAGUUAUAUAACAAUUUAUUUUACAUUUAAUUUAUAUUAAUAUUUUAUUGCAAAUUCAUUGUUGUAAAUUAAAUCAAAACUACUCAACAUUUAUUGAUUCUUUGCGGAGUUACGGUUGGGCCACAUGACGUUUGUUUAUGUUGUUGCUUCUCAAACCGUCUAUACACACCUGCUGUAAUCAAAUUUCUUGUCUGAUCUGAUGAUGUUGUUAAUACACUUCUACUGAGUUUUACACAAACUUAACUCACCCUAUAAUAGCGAAUGUGCUUUCAGUGUCCUCUGCUUACAAAAAAAUAUGUUUUUUUUAAAGGUGCGAAUGACAAGGAACAAGGGUCUUUUUAUACCAUCUAGACUGUGGUGACUGUCUUAAAACAUUGUGUUAAGCGUAGCUUUUACUAUUAAUUUUGAUGGCUUUUGCAAUUUUCUAUUAAUGCAGUUUAAUUUAGCAAAACUACAGUUUAGUGCCAAAAUCUUAAAGGCAGGGUUGUCAUUUUCAGCCCGAGUACCAAAACAAAAUUGUAGCCAGUCAGCCAGCGUUGCACAGCACGUUUCAGGGCGGAGCAAUGAAGGAAAGGGCAUGUAGUAGUAGUGUGUUUUGUGGUUGAUAAAAAAAAAAAAAAAAACGUUUCAAGAAAUCGGUUACCCCGCCUUUAAAUCACACACUAUCAUCAGUCAAGCAAUGAAGAAAGAAAAUCGCGUAGAGCAAAACAUUUCUGCUUUUUAAUACCAGAUUUUAGUAACAGAUAUUUUUCUCUUUUGCCUGCACAAUCUGCGUAUUUUCUAUCACUUAUAUGCUAAUGUAAAGUCAUAUUUCACACAGUAAAACAGCUGCCUUCAGUUUAAAGGAAUCUACAUUAUUAGGCCUUAGUGCUUAUAUGAAUGCCUUUUCUAUCAUGUCAAAUAAAAGCCUCCUUGGUCUAGGUUAUGCAUAUUAUAUACAAGCUCUGUAAUACUGGAGACAUGCAAAUAAGUUUUUUUUAAGUGUUUAAUACAGGUGAAAUUUGUAUUUAUAUUCAAUAUCCACAUAUACAGUGUUAACAUCGAUUACAGAUUACAUUGUCUCAUUUAAAUUAUUCCAAAUGUCCACAUACCUCUUAAUCUGUAGGAUUAAACUAGCAGAAGAGCAACAGUUGGUGAUUAUGAUGGUGUACUGUAGGGUGGGCCAUCUUGGCCCCUUAAGAGUUUUGCCUCCUUGUUUGUUUUUCCUCUGUAAUGGGACAUAUGCCUUUUUUAAUCCACCACGUCACAAAAAUCAAAGAAUGCUUCUCAAACUCAAAAAAGGUGGUGCCUGUGUGUGUGUGAGAGUGCGUACCUGUUUUUGUCAGUCGAGUCCAACUGUGUUAGGCUAUCUUGUUUUUCUUGUUUUUUUCUUAACUAUAUUUUAAUUGCCUUAUUGUCUAUAUUAGCUCUUAUUUAAUACACGGCAGCUGUAAAAUAUGCUUUUUAUGCUACAGCAGUGGGAAUUGUGUUGAAAGAUUCUGCAUUCUACAGCAGUAAGAUUUGUUUUCUUUUCCAGAUUUAAGAUUUUAUAGUCUGGUUUGGUGUAGAAAAUUGUAUGUAACCAGACUUUCUUUGAAGAAAACAUUAACAUGGUAUUACGUGAUGUAGAAAUACAGCCAAGGUCAUAUGUAAACUCUAAUUAAGGACUAAUAUAUAGUCCAAAAAAGGGAAUAUUAAUACAAAUUAAAUCUUUUAUUAUUGUACCUGCCAAUUGUUGGAAAAAGGGUCUGAUAUGCACAAUCAGGGGUUUGUGUAAAUUGCUAAGCGGCUCUCUUUUUCUGUAUAUCUAAAGCUAUGAAAAAUUCAAUGAAAAUGUUGUAUAAAGGUUUUUAAAAAAGAAAGAUAUUAAACUGAGGGCUUCUGUAUAGUUCUGUGAAUAAAGAUACAUUUUGGGCUAGGGUGGGCACGGGAAACUGUAAGGUAUGGAUAUAGUAGAAAUGUCCUUCAAUUCUUAAAGUCCUUAAUGAUUAUUGCCUGUGAUUAAGACAGUGUCACUCCAAUUUAUGGACAACGAUGAAAAAAGAAUGAACGAUAUAAAACGAGUCUCUUGUGUCUUUUUUACAUUGCCUUACACUAAAAUGGUGUGUGUGCAUGAGUGAGGCUGUGUGUGGGGGGUCCUGGUAAACCAUACACAGUGGAGACCAUAUAGAUAGUGGGCUAAUGCCACAAAAUUUUUCACCUUGUGGGGAUUGUAUA